CCGCCCCCUUCGCCGGUCAGCCACUCGAAGCUGUCGCCCUCAGAAGCUGUGAGAGCCAUUUUUGUUUCAUGGCACACAGAGCUCGUUGGGUGUCUUUUUUAAUGCUAUCACAAGGUACUCGGUAUAAGACACCUGUGGUCCUUAUGCAUACCAGCUGCAAAAGUGCACCAUGAGUUGUGAAGAACAGGGCAUUGGGAGGGUAGUUCAUUCCUGGGCAAGAUUUGCCCCAGCUGGAGAAAGUGCCCUAAUGGAGGCCCUUAGGGUCUUUAAUCCCAUGACGAAGGACCUGACGGACACUGAGAGACAAAUGUUUUCCUUUCUUCAUGACUUACGGAAAGAAGGAGCCAAGCCUGUUGUAUUGAAGAGCAAAGAUGUGUACGGAUACAGAUCUUGCACUGCAGAGCCCCUUUCAUCCAGGACUGUCGCCAAGGUCCAGAAAGUCCAGAAACCAUUGAAAAAGAAAGCACGAAAAGGUUUGGGAAAGGUCAAGGAGGUGAACUACUCGGCGCUCAGUAGAGCGGCUAAGAACAUUCUUCAAAACCAACCCAAGAUUCUGCUUACUAACCUUUCCAUAGACUCUCUUAGGCAGAACAGUGCUUCAACAUCGACGACAGAAGAGAAGCAGUCUCUUCAAGCGUCACAGUGCCUCAAGCUCACAAACAUAAAGGGAGCAACUGGGGGCCACACUGCAAGGCUGCAAAUUCACUUUGGAAGCACACCCAGUCCUGCUCUACGGCCGCCACCAGAUCUGUCUGGAAUUCCGCGUUCUGUAAACGGCGGACAGACUUUAAACGUAGUUGCCUUGGACAACAAACGCAUUUUGUCUUGUCCGAUCAAAGCAGAUGAUGCCCUCAUUGGAGACUCCGCCCCGGAAGUCUGUCAAAAUGGUUUCAGGCUUAAAGAUGGUAGCAUUUACAAAGCGCUGGAAACCGUGUCUGGUAAACCUGAUCUGAUGAACGGUGGUCUAGACCAUUUUCAAAGGUUUACCUGGUCCCAGUCAACACUCACCAAUGGCCAAGAUCUUUCUAGACUGAAUGGAAAUGGCCUUGAGUGGAAAGUCAUAAAAGUAGAUGAUUCUGUCACAGACGAAGAGGUGAGGAGAAAGGCACAGAAGAUUUUGCAAGUGAAUUUGUCGCCUGUGAUACAGAUUCAUCCUCUUGUCAAACUCUAGUCAAACUCUAUAUAGACUCUGCCAGGGAUUUAGUUUUCGUUUCCUUUCUUGGAUUGUUUGCAGUGUUUCGUUUUGGAGUUAAACCAUUUGUACUCUGGAUGGGAGCAUUGCAGCGACCUCCGAGUUUUGCAUUAUCGUCAAGUAAUAUCAUAAUCCAAAGAUGGGAUGUUGUUUGCUCUCACAGUAUUUUAUCUCCAGAUACAUCCCAGGACCCUUUGACUUUAAUUUUAUGUAUUUCUAACGUCUUGAAGGAACAGACUUAUGAACAAACACUUAUUUAUGACUAUGCAGUUCCCAGAUUUCUGUCUUUGUUGGAAUAUUGUGGGCACAGACUGCUAGCUAACUGGACUAUGGGAACAGACUUUGUAGAGUGAUUUAUCACAUGCUACUGCUUAAAAAGGCAACGAUGCCCUGAUCGGGGUGGUCAUAGUUUGUCUUUAUGCUUUUCUACAUCUUAGGAUCCUAUCGAUGACGACAACACGCAGGUUUUUGACCUCACCUGUUUAGUAAUAUGUUAGUCUGCCGGCAUAGACUGCAUAUGAUGUUUAUGUUCUAACACGUUCAGAUUGGGGGCACUUUUUCGUAUUAAUUUAAUUUCAUGGCAAAAUAAAUGGCCUUAUUCUUUAAGAGUGAUAAAGGACCUGUCUUUGUAUUUCUUUAAUUGUUUCUUUCUGCACUCUUGUCUUUAUAAAUUCUUUGAUUUUAUUUUCUUAAAUUGUGCCAAUACCAACCCUGGUGUUUAGUUUACCCAUUUUGUUGGUGCCAUGAUCCUAAGGAAUUUUCAAACUCUGAUUAAGCGAUGGACCGCUGGUCUGUUGAUAUGACACUUCCUCAAACACUUGAAUAAGAGUUUGUUUUCACAAUGUUAAAGUUAGUUCUAGGUUUUUUAUUACACAUAUCAGAGUUGGUUAAUCCAUGUCAGUUUGACUUGUGGACAUAAUUGUUUUUUGAACCAAUUCACCCAUUUCUGAGAAGUCUCAAAAAAGAACCCACCAUCCUGAUCCACCACUAGGUUUUAAAGGUAUUGAAGGCAAAAUAUAUUAAAAUACCUGUUAUCAAUAUCCAGAGAGUAUACCCAUUGCAAACUAAAAAGUACAUUCAGAUCUUCUGGUUAACCUUUUUCAAAUUCAUUCAUGAAUUUUCCGUCCCUACAUUUUAUUUGUUAAGGUUAUUCAUGUGCAUAAAGCUGUAAAGGCGUCAGGACUGACAUUUUAACAACAAAACAUUGAGAGAAGAGCCCCAAAAUAAAUGAUGAUAAUAGAGCAGUUCAUUGGUUCCACAAAGCGUUGAAAAACAAAUGUCUGAAAUUUGUUUGUGAGAUAUGUUCAAAAGAUUCAUCCUCACACAAUUAAAGCAAAAGAUUUAUUUUU